AUGCUGCAAAUCAUGGAGCUGCGGAAAGAAGUAAAGAAGAAACAAGGAUCCAGCGAGGAUUACGUGAUGAAUGCAUUCGCUACUCGUCUACCAGAAUUCAAUCAGGACCCGAAGUCAAGCUCGGACACGGACACGAUCCACCUUCUAAUGAAGCAAAUCAUGGAACUGUGGAAGUCUUGUCGAGAACCUAAGGUUGAACUGACGAAGCAAGAAUCCAACGAAGAGUACAAAGACUACUUGGAACUGCAGAAUCACAUACAGAUGAUCGACAAAGCCAAGGUACCUCAGGUCAGCGUGAAUCAGAUGAAUGAGAACCCGCAAGUCAACGCGAUGAAGCGGAAGCCAUUCAUCGGUCACAAGCCCAGAACACAUCUUUAG